AUGACGAAGAACACCUUCGCUUUGGCAGCCGUCCUUCCACUUCUGGCAUCAUCAGCCGCCGCCCAGAAUGUCAAGUGUCAGACUUCAAUGGGCACCGUUUCGCUUCUGGUCAAGGCACCCACGACCACCGUCUACAACGGAACAGUGUCAACGGGCUAUCGCUACAUUACAUUGACCGCCACUACGACGCUGCCCACAACAACGGAUACCUCCACGGUCUGGCCAACGUCAACUAGCUUCCGCAACGUCUGGGAUACGCUCAACAACAACAACUACAAGUGGAUCCUGGCCAACCCACAUGCUGGCAUCGAAGUCCGGGCCGUCACCACCGGCAAGCAGGGCGUGCAGAAACUCCUUGCUGCUGCCUAUCCCACCAAGGUCGUCUGCACCAAAGUCAUUCCGUUUACGAGCAACAAGACCGCCUACACGACGCUGCCCGUGUCUCCCCAAACCAUUGUGGUCACGACCAAGCGUAUCACAUCUCUCUCCACUCUGACCGAAACAUCGACGAUCAUUCCAGACCGUGUUACCUCAAGUGAGACCGAUACUUCCACCUCGACUGUCCAAACUACUACCACCACCACUCAAACAAACACCGAGACCGCCCCAACCACCACGACCGAGAUCGCACCCGGCCAAACCUUCUGGAGUGCUUGCAGCAACCCAAAUGGCCUAAACACCCGCAACUUCUUCGGCCCUGAUUUCAAUAGCGGCGGCGUCGGAUACUACGCACCCAACGUCUCCAACAAUGGCCCAGGCGUCGCUUCCAACUUCCAGAUCGUUGCUGAUGGCGCCUCCUCCGCCGAACAGUGCUGUAUCGCCUGCCAGAACCUGUACAAUUGCGAGAAUUUCAUCUUCAGACAACAGUUCAAGAACUGCUUCUUGCUGAACCACAAAGGAUCCACCUGCUCGAACCCAUCGCAACAUCCCAACUUCAUUCUCAGCAAGAAGAUCCCCUCAAGCGGAUCCACCCUCGAUGGAUACACCGUGGGCAACGGUAACUGCGGUUACACUUGGAGCGGGAACAGCGAUGGAAGCGUUUUCCGGGUUGAUGGUGCUUAA